AAAAAACUGAGUCUGAGCUGAUCCUUACAUCUGCUUGGAGAUUUGCUCAGCACGGAAACGAGGCUUCGGGGCCUUCGCGAAACCAAGAUGGCGGAGAUGGACGCUUUGUUUGGCAGCGAUGUGGACAGCGAAAACGAGCAAGCAGAUGGAAAGGCUUCAAGAUCAGCCAGCGACAACGAAGGAUCACCAGAAAACGGCAACAUGAACGAGCUGUUCGGGACACAGCUACCCAGCGACAGCGAGAACGAAGACAGCAGAAGUCAUCAGUCAGGAAGUGGCCAAUCAGAGAGAAGUCGAUCCAGAUCCAGAUCGCCAUCCAGAUCCAGAUCUGCGAGCCCGCAGUCAAGAUCCGGCAGCGAAGACAACCAGUCGGACCGAGAAAGUCAGUCAGGGAAGGAGUAUCAGAGUGGUUCUGAGGCCAACCAAUCAGGAGAUGAGAAAAGUGGCCAAUCAGAGAACGAGGCUGGUGGUGACUCAGAAGAUGAAAGAGUUCAAGGGUCAGAUGAAGAUGACAAAUCCAGGGGUAGCCAAUCAGGAGAUGAAGAACAGAGAGGCAACCAAUCAGGAGAUGAAGAACCAAGAGGCGACCAAUCAGGAGAGGAAGCAGAUGGUGUCAGGUCAGGUGAUGAGGCAGGCAGCCAAUCAGAGAAGGAGGGAAGGGACCAAUCAGAUGAUGAGAGGAGUCAGUCAGGAAAUGAAGUGGAGAAAACUGGGAGCGGGUCAGAUGCAGAAAAGAAAUCUGGGAAGGGUUCAGACAGUGACAGCGACGACAGUGUGAUCGGCAGGAGACCAAAGAAAGCAGCAGUAUCCAGUGAUGAGGGUGGUCCUCCUGGACUUGGUCUUGGCUCCGACAGUGAAGGGGAGGGUGGAGGUGCGACACCUGUUGCGGCUGCAGCUGAUGACCUGUUCGGAGACGCAGACGACAUCUCGGAGGAGAGCGGUGAUGAGGGGGAGGCCAAGAUAGGGGAGGAGAUCAAGAAGGCUUUAGGAGAGGAGGGGGAGCCGAUGGAAGAAAGUGGUGAGGCGGAGGAGGAGCCUGCACCAGAGACCAGGAUUGACGUGGAGAUGCCUCGGAUCAAACUCAACCUGGGCAGCUCUCAGCACUUUGUCAAGCUGCCAAACUUUCUCAGUGUGGAGACCAGACCGUUCGACCCUGUACUUUAUGAGGAUGAGAUUGAGGAAGAUGAGAUGAUGGAUGAGGAGGGGAGAACAAGGCUGAAGCUCAAGGUUGAGAACACCAUCCGCUGGCGUAAGACUGUGGAUGAGAAUGGUUUGGAGACAAGAGAAAGCAAUGCCAGGGUUGUCAAAUGGUCAGAUGGAAGCAUGUCCCUACACCUGGGUACUGAGAUCUUUGACGUGCACAAGACAUCCCUGCAGGGGGACCACAACCAUCUGUUCAUCAGGCAGGGUACAGGACUGGUGGGGCAGGCAGUCUUCAAAACCAAACUGUCCUUCAGACCACACUCCACCAACAGUGCGACCCACAGGAAGAUGACCCUGUCCCUGGCUGACCGCUUCUCCAAGACUCAGAAGAUCCGAGUCAUCCCUCUUGUAGGGACGGACCCAGAGUCUCAGAGAACUGAGAUGAUCAAGAAAGAGGAGGAGAAACUGCGUGCCACGAUGAGAAGAGAGGCGCAACAGCGCAGGAUGCGUGAGAAGGCUCACGCCCGCGGGCUGAGCGCCUCGUACCUGGAACCAGACCGCUUUGACGAGAUCAUGGAUGAUGAUGAGGAAGCCAUCAGCCUGGCUGCCAUCAAGGGCAACUACAAGAAACCUGGCAAGAAAGACUUCCGACCUCCCAUCUACUCCUCAGACAGUGAGGAGGAGGAGGAGGAAGAGAAGAAGGAGGAGAGGCUGAACAAGGCCAAGGCCAUCACCACCCUGGACAGUGAUGAGGAGGAUGAGGAGGGAUCCGAAAGCGGUAAAAGGAAGGCAGAAGAAGAUGAUGGCAACAAGAAGAAGAAGGCCCGCAAGAUUAUCGAAAGUGACGAGGAAGAAAGUGACUAGAUUCCAAAGACUUUUGUUUCAACUGUACAUAAUGACAUCUGCAAAAGAGGCACAGAGAAUAAGUUAAUAAGGGACUGAAAUAUGUAAAAAGAUUUUUGGCUAGAAAAGCAUAGCAGUGGAAAGAAAAUCUGUUGAUUUGCUAGUUUGUACUGGUUUGAAUCAUGCACAACAGAACAUAGCAGAAAAUUGUUCCUAUCUGUAGAUCUACUCAUGAAUAAAAGUCAUUCAAUGUUUUGUUUCCUUCAAAAAGAGAGCUGUAAAUAAAGGACAUUGCAGUACUUUUGACCUAGUCAAACAUUUUGUUCUAUCAUUGUGUGUAGAAUUUUUACAUUCAUUAAAACCCUGUAUUAAGUUUCUCUAUGUAUUUACACCUGCCAUUAAUUCUUCGGGUACAUCUAUAAGAUAAAGUCUAAGAUAUUGAUUAUGUUAGGACCAAAAACUCUGUACCUUAAUUAUUUUCUCGUCACUGUGUAUGAUUGAACUUGAAAUUUGUAAGCCCUAGGUGUCAAAACUUUGCAUGUUAAAGAAACCACACAAUCUCACUUCAGCCCAAAAAAAUGCUGUUUUUCUGGCUAGGCCACACUGACUUAAUUUUAUGGAUGACAUAUGCUGGUACAAGUUUAUUAUGAAAUUGAACAAAGCAGCACAAUAUUCACUACAAAUUCUUACAGCCCCAAGCCGUUAACAGAGCGUGAAAUAUAGAAAUGUAGGAAGACUGAUGUAGAGGACGGGUAGAAAAGUUUGUACCCUUUGUUAGCGGCCAAUAAAAAAGGCUAGGAUUGGCUGGGUUUUGUUGGGUCAGUCGGGUUACCAGAAACACAACAUUUUUCCCAAGGCCCUAUCCCCGUGUUGGUGGCUGAAAACAUAAGAUGUACGUGUAGUGAAGCCGCAUUGCACUAUACACCUAGCUACUUGAAAAAUGCUUCAGCUCAGUUGAAAAUGACUACAGAACAUUUAACCGUUACUUGAUAUCUUUAUUGCAAUGUUUCAGGCAUACAACUGUAUAAUUACAAGGCUAUCUAAAUGCUUUGUACUGGAUAUAAAUUAUGUAGUAAAGACUUUAUGUUGGCAUUUAUGACAUGGAAAUGUAAACUACCUUGUUGCCUACUAAAAUGUAAAUAAACCAUAACAUUGCAAUUGAAA